GUUUUCGUUUUGACGGGUGAUGGUGAUGCUUUUUUCUAAAGCGGUCUUUAGAUAUUCACGCUACAUUCAAGGUUCCUUCUCUAUUAAACACGGGAUUAAAUAUAACCUAGUAGGUCGUAACUUAAGGAAGAUGUCCGAGGAAACAUCCCAACGUGAUUUACUACCUAACCCGGAACUAAUAAAAAGUUCUGAUGAAUCUCUCGACGAACCUAAGUGCAAAAUUAGGAAAAUCGUCGGAAAUUCGGACACUGAACUAUUUAAAUCGGUUUCAUCUCAGUGUGGCCAUUUGCUGACGGACGAGGAAAGUAUCGUGGUGACGGUGAAGAGUUACUCCCCCAUCAGAGAAUUCGAAGAUCCAGAGGUAAAGGACGAUCCUUCAGAUGAAAAUGAGAUGAGGAGAAGACUCGGGAGAAGACCAAAAAGGAAGAAGGCGAGAGAGGAGGUUUAGACUGAUUUUUUGAAAAGGGGAAAGGAAAUAACUGGUUGAAAUAAUUGUACAUAAAUUCAGUGAAGUUUUACUUUUACUUACAAUUAGUUAAAUUGU